AAAAAGAACGUCUUCAACUUGUUGAGAAGGUGUUGUGUGCUCAGUGGACGUUGCGGGUGGCGAAGGAUUUGACAGGCUUCGUCUUGCAAGAAGCUGCCUUCUGCUACAGAGAUGGUUGAUAUAUAUGCUGUACCUGUUUUUUACCAUGGAGGGCAUUUUGGUAGAGGACCCGGUGACACUCUUGAGUAUAUUGGUGGGAAGGUUGAAAAAUUUCCAGAGAUGAAUUUGGAUUUUGUAAAUUUUGGGGAUUUGGUUACACUAUUCAAGGGUCUGGGCUAUGCAACAUACAUGGCAGUCUAUUGGUAUGACCCAACCAGUAAUGAUCUUGAGUCUGGACUGCACAUACUGAGAGGGGAUGCUGGAAUCAAUGAAAUGCGGGAGAACAAGUUGAGGAACUCAAAUAUCAACGAGUUCUAUAUUUACUUCGAUCACGCUGUUGAUGAGCCACAGAUUGUGGAAGUAGAAGCUGCUGCAGAAUAGGGGCCGGAAGAAUUUGAUGAUGCAGUUGAUGUGGACAGUAUCAUGCGGGAGCUUCAGUCAUCACCAUCGACA